AUGCUCGAUCUUGCAUUACUGGUUACGGCAUUCGCGCGGCAAUACUUAUUGAGCCUGAGCGGUAUGAAAGGCAACGUAACCAAUCAUGGCUGCGUUCCCAUUUCGUCUCACUCAGUGCAGUAUCCAGUGGCCGCCAUUUUGCUGGAUACUGCACUGGAGAAGCGUUCCCAAAUUACUGGACUGGCUAGUGGCUAUCUACGUAGAAAUACCUUUCAAUAUAUUUUAAACUUGAUACGACCAGUACUGGAAAAAGUUCCAGAUAAUCCUGGAAGGGAUCCUAUAUCGGCUUGCAGGCAACUGUAUAUUGCAUUGUGGAUGUUAGCUGCUCCCGACUCGUACAGAUCUGUAUGUACAAAGUUUGAUGUUGGAAGGGCAACUGCUUGGCGAUGCGUUCUAAGAGUAACAAAAGCAUUAUAUAGGUUACGAAAUACGUUUAUAUCUUGGCCUACAAGAGCACAAGCUGAACAGACUUGGACUAAAAUGGAACAACGAUAUGGAUUCCCAGGUGUCAUCGGCGCAGUUGAUGGUACUCUCAUUAAAAUAAGUGCACCUGCAAGAAAUCCAGAAGCAUACAUAUGUAGAAAAAACUACCAUGCAAUUCAAUUACAGGUUGUAUGUGAUGCAGAUUUAAGGUUUAUACAUUGUUACGCAGGACAACCAGGCUCAGUCCAUGACAUGCGGACAUUUAUGUAUUCCGGAUUGCAACAAAAAUGCAAUCCGCAAUUCUUCCCUGAAGACAGCCACUUACUCGGUGAUGCAGCGUACACAAUCCAGCGAAAUGUAAUGGUUCCUUACAGGGAUAACGGUCACUUAACAGAAGCUGAAACUAAUUUCAAUAAGAAAUUAUCAUCAGCCCGUAUGAUUGUGGAACGGUCCCUUGGAUUGCUGAAAGGACGUUGGCGGUGUUUGUUGGACAAACUUUCAAUGACAAGAACGGACUUGAUACCACGUAAUAUCAUCGGUUGUUGUGUUUUACACAAUCUUUGUUUAUUAAGGAACGAUGAAAUCGAUAUCCCGAUAUUGGUAGAAAAUCGUUAUAUGUUACAAGAAUUACAUCCACUCGAUGUGAAUGUAAACGAUCGGAAUGAAGGUAUUGUGAAACGUGAGAACCUAACUCGCUUAUUAAAUUAA